CAUGAAUCAGCUCUCACAGCUUGUUAAAAGCUGGACCUCUUGUUUUCAUGCCCUCACCUCAGGAAACAGAGUUCCAGCCUUCCAGCUUUCCUCAGCAGGGGGCCAGGGUCCUCACUUUAUAAACAUUCCCAGCCUGUAAGAGCAGAGGGCACUGCCAUGGUAUGAGACUGGAGCCCAAGGAGAGAGAAACUCAGGAGUCAAGGAGCAAGGCAAGAAAAGCAAGGGGGUAAGACCAGAGGAAUCUGAGCAGAAGCCAGGAGGAGUCUGAGAGAGCUGAGCUGCAGGAAUGGCCCUAAGGAUGCUCUGGGCUGGCCAGGCCAAGGGGAUCCUCGGAGGCUGGAGGAUCAUCUGCCUGGUGGUGUCUCUAUUCCUACAGCACCCUGGAGUUAACAGCAAGUGUUACUUCCAAGCUCAAGCCCCCUGCCACUAUGAGGGUAAAUAUUUCACUCUGGGUGAAUCUUGGCUCCGCAAGGACUGUUUCCAUUGUACCUGUCUGCAUCCUGUCGGUGUGGGCUGCUGUGACACGUCUCAGCAUCCCAUUGACUUCCCUGCUGGGUGUGAAGUGCUACAGGAGGCAGGAACCUGUCAAUUUUCCCUGGUGCAAAAAGCUGACCCUCGGCUGCCCUGCAAAGGGGGGGGACCCGACUUAGAAUGGGGCUCAGCUAACACCCCUGUUCCUGGGGCUCCUGCCCCCCACUCCAGCUAAAGGCUCGCCCAUCUGCUGACCGCUCACUGCUGCUGCUGCCACUUCCAGGGAAACCACUAGCAGCUGCCAAUUUCCUCCAAAUAAAUAAAUUAAUGCUACAGCUGAAAGCCCGUUUCUCAUUGCCUGUGCUACCCAGGUGGGGAAAGUGGGCCCUCACUGGAGUCCAGGUGUUGAGUUCUCAGUUUCUUGAAAAAAAAAAAAAAAAAAAAAAAAAAAAAAAAAAAAAAAAAAAAAAC